AUGAAAGCAAGUUGGUUUGUCUUUUAGUAAGAACCUCCGUGAAUUGUGUUGAUCCUGCUUUGGUGUUUUAAAGAGUUUCCAGCAAGAAAAUGGUCAUGUAUAUUUUAUGGACAUUGCUGUUUUUUUAUGUGUCAGCGCAGCGGUGGACUUUGUUUGAGGAAGAGUCAAAGCCUAAACGUGAAGGCAGAGUGCGACUGGUGGGGGAUCAGCCCUCAUCUGGUCGUGUGGAGGUCUACCAUGAUGGACAGUGGGGUACAGUUUGUGACGAUGGAUGGGACAUGGCUGAAGCACAAGUGGUGUGUCGACAGCUGGGUUUUCCUGGAGCAAUAUCGGUUACGCCUGGAGGACAAUAUGGUGAAGGCUCUGGUUCAAUCUGGCUGGAUGACAUGAACUGUAAAGGCUCGGAGAGCUCUUUGUCUGAAUGCUGCUUUAAAGGCUGGGGUGUUACUGACUGCUCACAUAAAGAGGAUGCAGGGGUGGUCUGUGAGACUGGUACAAACAUAACCAGCAAUCAUCAGUUCUUUCUGGAUAACAGUCUGGGUCUGUCUGAUGAUCUUGGUCUUCUGUUUGACAGUGGAGAUGGUUGUGAUUUCAGAAUUAAUGUCCAAGACAUCGGUGAAGAGUCAGAAUUGACUUUUUGUGUGCACAGAAUGAUCCUCGUGUUUUAUCCAGAACUUAACAUAACAGAUAACUCUAGAAACCUCACAGUAGAUGUCAGCCAGACCUGCCACCCUCAUGUCUCUGCGUUUCUCAGGUAUUUGUACACACGUCAGAUUGAUGUUUCCGUCACAUCGGCUCAAUGUCUGCAUCAGCUGGCGUUUACCUUUGGAGUGAAGAAGCUUAUGGAGGAUGUCGGCAGGGCCUUCACUUCACUCAUCCCUGAAGACAACACUUUCCAAACACAGGUAUCCAUGUUCGAGUAUGGCGUCCGCACAGGUGACCUUGUCCUGCAGGAGAACGUCCUUCAGUAUCUUUCCUGGAACUGUGAGUUCCUCAUAAGCUCUCCAGUGUGGAGCACCGUCUCCUUUCACAUGAUGGACGCUCUGCUGCAGCGCUCAGACCUGGUUGUGAAGGAUGAAGCUUUUCUUCUUGAAGCUCUGGAGAGAUGGAUCCAAGACAAAGGUGAUGAGAUGAGCUCAGACCAACAGGCCAGUCUCCUGAACCAGAUCCGCUUCCUCUUGAUCCCAGUGGACAAACUGUACGAAAUGCAGUUUUCCUCAAGCGUUCUCCAUCAGAAUCAUGAGAAACUGUACCUAACAGGUCUGCUCAGGGGUUUCCAGUUCAAUGCUCUGCCCUUCUCUAAGAUCAGAAAUAACACGAGUAGUGAGUAUCUACCCAGAAUCUACACUGGAGAUGAGUGGAGUGUAUUUAUCAAUGACACAACCGUCAAUUACCAAUACCAUAACUACUACUAUGGCCAAAAUAACAGAAUGCAAUCCUUCUCCACUCCAGCACACCCUAGUGCUCUUUACAGAGAACAAAAUGUGCAGUGGCAAGCCCAGGUGUUUCUUAGUAGUCAGGAAUGCUCUUAUUAUGGUAUUUCAUGUACAUCAUUUCCUGUUGCAAGAUUGUAUGGAUAUAGUAAUCAGAACCUGUACACUAGCAACAUUCGCUACAGCAACAGGUUGAUUCUCACCUGUAAGAAUGAAAACAAUGUCUUUCAAGUCCAAGAUUUCAAAAAUGACAUGGCUGUGCUUCCAAAUAACAGCAGUAUGGGUCUGCCGAACCCCUGUCCUGACGACUACAGUUUCAGAUUUGUAGUGCGUCCAGAGUAUAUCUGACUGCACUGACUGUCAUUUUCUACCGGUGGUAAAGUUUACGUCUGUUUGUAUUUUUUUUUUUUAUUCAAU